GCGGCGGGAUGGCGGCCGCCGCAGCGCCCGACGCCUGGCCGGAGCUGGAGCUGGCGGAGCGCGAGCGGCGGCGCGAGCUGCUGCUGAGCGGGCCGGGGCUGGAGGAGCGCGUGCGGGCGGCGGGCGGGCGGCUGCCGCCCCGGCUGUUCACGCUGCCGCUGCUGCACUACCUGGAGGUGAGCGGCUGCGGCAGCCUGCGCGCGCCGGGGCCCGGCCUGGCCCAGGGCCUGCCGCGCCUGCACAGCCUCGUGCUGCGGGGCAACGCGCUGGGCCCCGGCCUGCGCCCGGCGCUCGGCCCGCUGCCCGCGCUGCGCGUGCUCGACCUGUCGGGCAACGCCCUGGAGGCGCUGCCGCCGGGCGAGGGCCUGGGCCCCGCCGAGCCGCCCGGCCUCCCGCAGCUGCAGAGCCUCAACCUCAGCGGCAACCGGCUGCGCGAGCUGCCCGCCGACCUGGCCCGCUGCGCCCCGCGCCUGCAGAGCCUCAACCUCACCGGCAACCGCCUGGACGCCUUCCCCGCCGAGCUCUUCCGGCCCGGCGCGCUGCCCCUGCUCAGCGAGCUGGCGGCCGCCGACAACCGCCUGCGGGAGCUCAGCCCCGACGUGGCGCACCUGGCCUCGCUCAAGAUGCUGGACCUGUCUAACAACCAGCUGAGUGAGAUCCCCGCCGAGCUGGCCGACUGCCCCAAACUCAAGGAGAUCAACUUCCAAGGGAACAAGCUCCGAGACAAGCGCCUGGAGAAGAUGCUCAGCAGCUGCCAGACCAGGUCCAUCCUGGAGUACCUGCGUGCCGGGGGCCGUGGCGGCUGCCGGAGCCGGGGCAAGGCGGACGGCUCCGAGAGGGAAGACAGCCGCAAGAAGCGGAGGGAGCGGAAGCAGAGGCGGGAGAGUGGCGAGGGGGAGGAGGAGGCAGCCGACAUGGCCAAACUGCUGCUCCGGGUCCUGCACGUCUCUGAGAACCCCACGCCCCUGACCGUCAGAGUGAGCCCUGAGGUUCGGGAUGUCCGGCCGUACUUCGUGGGCGCUGUAGUGAGAGGCAUGAACCUGGAGCCCGGAAAUGCACUCAAGCGCUUCCUCGCCGCUCAGACUAAGCUCCAUGAGGACCUCUGUGAGAAGAGGACAGCAGCCACCAUCGCCACCCACGACCUGCCCGCCGUGCGGGGACCCCUGCUCUAUGCAGCUCGGCCACCUCAGGACCUGAAGAUCAUCCCCUUGGGGCGGAAGGAAGUCAAGGCCAAGGAGCUGGUGCGACAGCUGCAACUUGAAGCAGAUGAGCAGAGGAAGCAGAGGAAGAGGCAGACGGUGUCAGGACUGCACAGGUAUCUGCACUUACUGGAUGGGAAGGAAAAUUACCCUUGUCUUGUGGAUGCAGAUGGAGACGUGAUUUCUUUCCCACCCAUAACGAACAGUGAGAAGACGAAGAUUAAGAAAACGACAAAUGAUUUGUUUUUGGAAGUCACAAGUGCCACCAGUCUGCAGAUCUGCAAAGACAUCAUGGACGCCCUGGUGCUGAAAAUGGCAGAACUAAACAAAUACACAUUAGAAAACAAAGAGGAAGGAUCACUCUCAGAUACAGAAGCUGACACACUUUCUGAACAACCUUCGGAUUCCCAAAAGAACCCAAACUCCGGGAAGGAUGGACAGUGCCCCCUGGUGGUGGAGCAGGUCCGAGUGGUAGACCUGGAAGGGACCCUGAAGGUGGUGUACCCGUCCAAGGCUGACCUGACCGCCACCCCUCCCCACGUGACUGUGCUUCGCUGACACCCGCCGAGGCACUGGUGCCCCCGGCUGGCACGCAUGGGAGCCAGUGGCGGCGAUCUUGCAGAGGCUUGUGUGUGGCGAUAAGUCAUCGGUACCUUUUCACCUGGCUGUUUUUAAGGUGUCUGUAUUUGUUCGGCUUUUGGGUGGUUGGUGGGGUCAAGUGACAUUGUCACUAACCCAAUCUUACUGUUUUCUGUGGAAUUUCCCAAAUACCAGGAUUAACUGUUCAAAAUGUUCUGAUCAUGUAGCCUCAGCAAGUAACUCCUUACAGGAAAGACAAACACUGAAUGUGGUGUGAAUACGCUGUGUGUGACCAGAGAGGGCAGAGGACGUGGAUCUGUAGAACCGUGGUGAUGCGUCUGACGUGCACCUCUCACCUUUCCCAGCUUGCGCCAUCUCACCACGUUUUUAAUGUGGUCUUAGAAGUGGCAGGGUUAUCCUCUUGGCUUGUGGCUGUCAGUACUCAAGGGGCAGGCGCUGUACUAUACUAGGCCUUUCAGAAAACAGCCCGGGUUUGCAGGGAGAGGCAGGACCUGCCCCACGUGACUGUACCAGGGGUCGAGCUGGCUGGUCGUGGCUCACAUAUUGGCCCUGCAGGUGCCCCUGCCCUGCUUCUGUGAGUGGACAGAAAGACUCUGUGUACAAAUUGCCAGGGCUGACUGGGGGAGGUAGCAGGCUUUCUAACCAAAAAUUGCCAUGUAUGUGUGUCCAGCACCAGCCACUCCCUCCCUGGAGUUGGACUGCUUGGUCCUGAGGACCUGCCCACUGCAGAGCGCCCUCCCAACCGCAUGCCUUACCACCAGUCUGCAGACUUGUAAUGGAUAGCACUGUCUUAGCUUUGGUGGUCUUUGGCCGGAGUGGACAGUUUUCUAUCUUGUAUAGAGGACAUGAUUGAGUUUGUGCAAGUGUCCCAGUAGCCCACAGGGACUCAAGGGUCCUAACCAAGCCAGGUGGCUUUCCAAAGCUGGAGACGUGGGCCAGCUGCCCUGUCCCCCAGCCUGGCCCUAGGUUCUGCCAGGCCUUCCUGGCGGCUAAGAACGCUGCGGCUGAGCACUGCUGCCUGGCGGGGGCCUCCGUGGCUGUGCCUGGCGACUGUUUAUCCUCCCCAGGAACUCGCAGACGCGGUGUGCAAGGGUGGUUCUCACCUCAUGCUGUUGACCCUCACGCCCCUGGUGCUGCGCUUGGCAGUGUCUGCUGGGAGGCCCAAGGUGCUCUCUCCAGCUGGGACCCUACUCCUGCUCCAGUGGGAGCCCAGGCGGGCCCUUUGGGGAGCUGCGGCUGCUGUGGCUCAGCCCUUGCAGGAAGUGCGCUGCACCUGGGCUCACAAGGACGGGGCACAGGCACGGCAUCGGGGUCACCACACCGCCCGGAUGAACCAGCGCCUGUUGUGCUCUUUUCCGGGGCAGCCUGGAUUCUGGGAAGGUUUGAACUUCCAGCAGAAAGCUCCCGCGAUAUUCUUUCUGCCCACCUGACACUCUUAAUAAAAAACAUUUGACAGAAAAUA